CUCUUCAUAUAUACACACAUAUCUAUACAGUACAGUUUAGUUUUAAAGAAAAAUAUAAUAUAAUGGAAGGCAAGAACGUGUCGACGCACCCGGACGUUCCCGGCGAGGCAACCCAUACCGGCACCUCCCUCCUGGAAACCGCCACCGCCGCUAUCCAGGGUUUCGGCCCCAUCAACAAGAUCCACCAACACCUCUGCGCGUUUCAUUUCUACGGCCACGACAUGACGCGGCAGGUGGAGGCGCACCACUUCUGCGGCCACCAAAACGAGGAAUUCCGGCAGUGCCUGAUCUACGACAGCCCGGGCGCCGACGCCCGCCUCAUCGGGCUAGAAUACAUCAUCACGGAGGCGCUGUUCUUGACCCUCCCGGACGGCGAGAAGAAGCUGUGGCACUCGCACGAGUACGAGGUGAAGAGCGGGGUGCUGUUCAUGCCGGGCAUGCCCGGUCCCAUCCAGCGCAAGGACAUGGAGUUAGUGUGCAAAACAUACGGUAAGGUUAUACACUUUUGGCAGGUGGAUCGCGGCGAUAACCUCCCCCUGGGUAUUCCUCAGAUCAUGAUGGCACUCACCAGAGAUGGUCAACUCUAUGACACCCUUGCUCAAGAUGUUGAGAAGCGUUACAAGAUAUCCUUUGCGGAGGAGAAGGAGAAAAGGGCGUACAUAAGGGGGUUGGACAAUGGUAUUCAUCCCCUGGCGAACGCAGGGGGAGUUGGGAUCCAAACAGUCCUUAGAGAGGUGGAUUGCAUCAAUAAUAAGCCUGUAAACUCCUCUACUGCUCCACCAAGAAUCUUUGUUUAACACUUUCAUCCGCAGUGUUCCUAGUGUUCGUAGGGUUGGUGUCUAGUGUUCAUUUAUAGAGUUUAGAUGUACUGUACACAGGAUAAUAUCACGUUGAGAAUGAAUAAUUAAUAAGCAAUAUAUGUCUACAACGAGAAAUAAAAAGGGGUGGAUCGUUCAUUUA